GCGCCCAGCCUUUGCUCCGCGCCAGAGCCGGCCCCGCUGUCCGGCCGCCUGCCCGCUGCGGCUCGUCAUCCCUGCGGUCCCAGCCUCCACGGGCCGGGACCACCGCUGCCGCCGCAGGACGGGGAGGCGGGCCAUGGCGUCCUGCGUGGGGAGCAGGACCCUGAGCAAAGAUGAUGUGAACUACAAGAUGCAUUUCCGGAUGAUCAACGAGCAGCAAGUGGAGGACAUCACCAUCGACUUCUUCUACCGGCCGCACACCAUCACCCUGCUCAGCUUCACCAUCGUCAGCCUCAUGUAUUUUGCCUUCACCAGGGAUGACUCUGUCCCAGAAGACAACAUCUGGAGGGGUAUCCUCUCUGUUAUUUUCUUCUUUCUUAUCAUCAGUGUGUUAGCUUUCCCCAAUGGUCCAUUUACUUACACUUUACAUAAGAUCAGACUCAGUGUGCUGUACUUCCUGUUCCUGGUGUUCCUCCUCUUCCUGAACUUCGAGCAGGUUAAGUCCAUAAUGUACUGGCUAGAUCCAAAUCUUCGAUAUGCCACAAGGGAAGCAGAUGUCAUGGAGUAUGCUGUGAACUGCCACGUUAUCACCUGGGAGAGGAUUAUCAGUCAUUUUGAUAUAUUUGCGUUUGGACAUUUCUGGGGCUGGGCCAUGAAGGCCUUGUUGAUCCGUAGUUAUGGUCUCUGCUGGACAAUCAGCAUUACUUGGGAGCUAACUGAGCUUUUUUUCAUGCAUCUCCUGCCCAAUUUUGCCGAGUGCUGGUGGGAUCAAGUCAUUCUGGACAUCCUCCUGUGCAACGGUGGCGGCAUCUGGCUGGGCAUGGUCGUCUGCCGAUUUUUAGAGAUGAGGACUUACCACUGGGCAAGCUUCAAGGACAUCCACACCACCACUGGAAAAAUCAAAAGAGCUGUCCUCCAGUUCACCCCUGCUAGCUGGACCUAUGUUCGAUGGUUUGAUCCCAAAUCUUCAUUUCAGAGAGUGGCUGGAAUAUACCUUUUCAUGAUCAUCUGGCAGCUGACUGAGUUGAAUACCUUCUUCUUGAAACAUAUCUUUGUGUUCCAAGCCAGUCAUCCAUUAAGUUGGUGUCGAAUUCUCUUUAUUGGUGGCAUCACGGCUCCCACAGUGAGACAGUACUAUGCCUACCUCACUGACACACAGUGCAAACGCGUGGGAACACAGUGCUGGGUGUUUGGGGUCAUUGGUUUCCUGGAAGCUAUUGUCUGCAUAAAAUUUGGACAAGAUCUCUUCUCUAAGACCCAAAUACUCUAUGUUGUGCUUUGGCUUCUUUGUGUGGCUUUCACCACCUUCCUGUGUCUGUACGGCAUGGUUUGGUACGCAGAGCACUAUGGUCACCGAGAAAAGACCUACUCAGAGUGUGAAGACAGCACCUACAGUCCAGAUAUCUCCUGGCCUCACGGGAAAGGCACCAAAGGUCCUGAAGACAGCCCACCCAAGCAUCCAAGCAACAACGAAAGCCAUUCUUCCAGAAGAAGGAAUCGACAUUCCAAGUCAAAAGUCACCAAUGGAGUUGGAAAGAAAUGAAAGACCCUGGUUAAUUAAAGAUGUUCCAGAGAGUGCCUAGAACUGAGAAGGAAACUGAAUCGUUUGGACCUCCCUGCUAGGAGGUCAAAAGGCACAGUGCAGAUGGGAAGAGGAGAGGGGACUCUGGGGGUUGUUAUUUGAGAGUGUAAGUCUUGUUUCCCACAGACCCGGCCACGUCAGGCAGAUCAAUGCCUGGGGUCCUUCGCCAGUCCGGGGUCCCUUCUAACUUUAGCACUUGGCAUGACGUCACCGGUAGUAGGUCAGUGAGUUCCAAGGAAAGGGUAGCUAUGUACUCACAGUUGCUGAGAGCAGCUUUGUGCUUGUGUGUACUGUGGAUGCAGGUUAAACAUCUUCAUUCAG